AAGUUUGCUGCUUUCAGUGCUUCUUCAACACCUCCAAUUCCCGAUCUGACUUGUAGCAACAUGCAAAGUCUCUACGCAAGCCCGAGCGAAUGGGACGCCCAGCGGGCUACCAUAACUCGGCUGUAUCUUGACGAGAAACGGCCUCUUCGAGAGGUUAUGGAGUACAUGGCCGCGCAUCAUCACUUCUUUGCCACGGCCAAGAUGUACAGGAGCAGAAUCAGGAAAUGGGGCAUUGACAAGAAUCACAAGGCUACCGAGGUGGCCUACAUGCUCAAGCUCAAGAAAGAGCGUGACAUGAUGGGCAAGAAGUCCUGCUUCUUUCUCCGCAACCGGCCCGUAGACUGGGAAGAUGUCAACCGCUAUCUGUCCCGCAACCCGGACUUCUGGGCAAAACACGGCGGCAAAGCAGUAGACGACGUCGUGAUCGUCAAGGAUAUCAUCUGCCGAACGCCCUCCCCAGAACCCGCUCCAAGCAGUCAAACCCCAAGCGUGCCAAGAUCCCUCGAUCCCGCCGACGACCUUCACGUGCACGAAGACAUCCUCCGCCUCUUCCAAGCCUACACCGAAGGCUCCUUCGAACAAGGCCUCUGGCAACUAUCCCCCACUCACAAACGGUACUACGGCCCGGGCGGGGUCGAGGCCAACGCGCGGCUCAACGCGUGGUACGACCGGCUGCGCAACGUCGCCGACUGGCCGGGCGGCGAGCGCGACGCCGACGCCGUCCGCCUCGUCAACCACCUCCUCGACGACCUCCCCCAGCUGAUCAAGGACCAGGAUUACACCGUUUUCCCCGCCCUCCUGCGGUGCUGCUUCUACCUGUCUGCCCGGCGGCCCGCGGUGGGCGCCGCGGUCGUCCGGUUUGUGGCGAGGUUGUGCGCCGUCUUGCUGGGUCCGCGGCAUCCCAUGACUUUGGCAUGGUCGCGGAUCAGGUCGCUUGCGCUGCCGGAGUAUCUGUUGGUGCUUCAGGGCACUGCCAAGUUCCGCUUGGACCGUACUACGGUGGGCAAGACUCCGGUAGCUGCAGAGCUACUUGAUGACGAGAGUCUGGGAAGCGACGAGAACUCGAUCAACGCUCUGCGAGAGUAUCUGCUGGUGCUUCGGUUACGAGGGCAGGCCGCGGUCGGGGAAAUUGACCGUGUCACCUCACAUGUGAUGGAGAAGUUGGACCAGCCGGUGCAAAAUGUUCUCUCCAGCGCGCAAUGCCGGCUGCUUUUGGGCACAGCAAGCUGCUACAUCACCCGCAGACAGUUUGAGGCCGCAGAGCGCAUUUUGGAUAUCGUAGGCGCUAGAAUCCCAGCGCCUUCGCCCCUGAAUCCCCAUUCGCAGCGCAUUCUCUCAACAUAUCUCUUCAUCAUGGGCUUCUUGCGCUAUGUCACUGGCAGGCCGGAGGAGGCCUUGAAUUACUUUUUGCGGACAUAUUACGCACUGGAGAAGGUCGCGGGUCUGCACAGCUCCGCGGUUGCUGAUAUCCUGGUUGCGCUAAUUGACCUCCCGGGGCUUCUCCAGAAACCCGAGGACGUCGAAUACUGGCAGCAAAAACUUGCUCAGGUGCAAUCAGGUAUGCUAGCAAGGGCAGAGAAGGGCAUUAGAUACACGGAAACUGAGUUGAGCGAGUUAUGGGAUGAGCCGCUGGAUAUGGACGUCAACACCUCGGCGUGGUAG